AUGGUAGAACGGGGAAUUGACGGGGCUCUUCCCCCGACUCGGGUGAACGAAGGGGACGGGCCGUCCCCCUCGUCUCUCCCUGCGGCUCCGCCCACUUCCUCUUCCUCCACUUCUUCUCCUCUUUCUUCUUCUCUUUCUUCUGUAACGGGUUGUGGCGCGUCUCCUGCGAGAGACGGCGCAGAUGCCGAAUGUGCCCCGCCGGCAAAGCGCGCACGUGUUUCGCACGAGGGCUCGGCAUGUCUCAGCAAAAAUGGUGAGCCUCCGUCGGGAGAAGAAGCGAAAACAGGGAAACGCGGAGAGUCUGUAGAAGCUGCUGAAGGCGUCAGGCCAGAGCCUGGUGGAACGGAGGCCCGCGACGGGGUGGCGCCGCUCCCCGACGAAGCAGCCGCGGCAAGACAGAGGGAAGAAGAAAGGCUGAGACGAAUCCACCUCGAGGAGAAACAGAAACAACUGUACACGUCGUUUCUUCCGCCUGGGAUGCUCAACGGUUUCGUUUCCGCUGCUCUGUCUCUCGAUGCUUCGGGCACGCUCUCAGCUGCCGCCGGGGCGGCGCCCUCGGCAGAUGCCAGUCUCGUGGGGUGUACGUACACCCCAGAUUCCGGGGUUGCGGAGGGCAGCCCAGUGUCUAGACAGCCCGACGGCGAGCUGGCUUCGCCGAGCUGUUUGAAGGCGUCUCGAGAUCCUCAGUCUCCCUGUGACGCCUUGCUCGCCUCGGACCGAGAGUCUCUGCUCACCUUCGCGUCCCUGUUCCACCUUCUCGUUUCUGGAAGAGGGAUCGACGCUCGAGAGCUGCAGGGCGCGGCGGAUGCAGACAAAAGAGAGGCAGAGGCAGCUGCUUUGGGCGACGGCGGAGACGCCGAAACCGCCAUGAAUGGGGUGCAAAUGUCGACGGGGCUUCGCCUCAACGGAGAUUUUGUCUCCGCACAGCGAAGCGAAUCGAAGAGCUCGAAUGCGUGGAAAGAGAAGGUUCUGGAGGACGACAGCUUUGGCGAGAGGGCCAGGGAGACGGCUGUCCAGAUGGCUUCGUCUCCCCUCGUUUUCUUGCGAGGCCGGCAUAGCCGCGAGCUCUUGGUGCGCCGACUCCUGAGGCAGUUGCGCGGAGAGGACGCAGAGGGAAGAAAGGAUGGUUCUGCAGGCGCUUCGGGAGCAGGCAGCAAAACGCCUCCGAGUUCAGGUGUACAUCCACCGCCCACUGUUCUCUUCGAGGCGUGGAUGAAGGCCCUCAAGAUCUUCCUUUCCUUUCUAACUUCGAGUGCACUCGUCGGCAGCAACGCGAAGGCGCUUGCUCUCGUCGCAGUUUUCGAACUUUUGCUUCUUCUUCUUUCCCCUGAAGAAGGCCUUCCUUCUUCGCCCAGCUCUUCUGGUGCUUGUGCCUCUCGAGCCUCGCCAGUUGCAGCUGCCAACAAAGCGAGUGAAGGCGAGGGACAGCCGGCGGACGGCGGGCCGAAGGGCGUGGGACGAGAAGGCGCCUCGCGCCCGGUCCUCGACUUCAACAACUUUGCAGACUUGCUUGUCGAAUUCGUUCGGGCGGUGCCCUUGCGGCAGAUUGGCGCGGUGAUUUCCUUUCUCGAGCGAAACAAAAGCAGUCUGAUUGCGGCUUUCCGGCGAAAAGGCCGGGAGUGCCUCGCCUCGGGCGGCUCCAGGCAGCCCGACACUGCGCAGGCGAAAAGGGCUCUUCAGGCUGCAGGUGCUAAAGUGAUUGGAAUGGUGAAGAGUAUCGAAGAGCCGUUGAUGCAUGCGAAUGAAAAGCAAUACAUUUUCGCGACCAUGCAGCGAGCAGAGGCGACUCCCGUUGUACUGGAUAGUCCUGAAGCGUGGAGCGCUCUGAGCCAGUUUGAGGCAGGCGAGGAGUCGCCGGCGUUUGCCGCAUCAUCGUCGGAUCGCAGCCGUUCGAAAAAAACUUCGGGGAAAGUGUCUCCGCCACAGGUAGCCGCGUCGGGCAGGGAGGCAGCCGCGCAGUCUGCCAAGGGCCAUGAAAGUGAACCAAAGACGGAAGAGAAGAAAGGAAACGACUCUCUCGCCUCUGGCGUCGGCGCAUGCUCCUACACGAUCUAUGCGGCAUAUGGCAAGGCGCUGGCCUUCCUGCAGGCCCCCGACCUCGUUCUGGAGCAGCCCGCCGACACGGUCGCCGACGUUCUCUCCUCGCUCGACACACUUUUGUCGUAUUUUCAGAAGCACCCCGCCGUCGCCUCGGUGAAUCUUGCCACGGAGAGCAGAGUGCCAGGUGUCUCGACGCCCUCCGUCGCGGAGGGAGACCCAGGCGAGAGCGAGUCGAGGCGAGCCGGCGACAAUCUGCUCCUUCUGUCGAGCUCCGGCAACCCGCACUACCUCUCCGCAGGCGCAUUCCGCGAGCGCGUCGACACCCCGUUCUUUCGACGCGAGCUCCUCGCCAGUGCAUGCGUCGCUUUCCACUUCCUCGGACAAGCUGGCCCCGGUCUGCUCGAAAAAAGGGACAAAGGGGACGGCGAUCCGAGCGCAGCGCCGCAGGGCGCCAAGGCGCCCGCGGGGGCAAAAAAGGAGACGGGGCGACCCGCCGGUGGAGAAACAGGCGUCACAGCUCAGCGCAUGCAACAAAAAAUCCGGGAGAGCUACUCGGCUCUCAGUGACAAGACGAAAAAGACCCUCGGAGCCCUUGAAACCCGAGUGUGGUCUCUGGCAGCCGAGGCCUUCAAGUCGCCCGCGCACGCUGUUCUCCCCUCGGGAAGCUCGUCUCGCCUCCCAAGUUUGUCCUGUGCAUCGCUCGCCACGUCGCCCCCUCCUGGCGGCGCUUCCCAAGCUUCCAAGUUGGGCGCGCCGGCGCCCGCUGCAUGCGCCGCUCGCAGGCAGGCCUCUGGCGGGUCUUUCCGCCGCGUCUCCGAUUCUGAGAGGAAGACAAACGCCGUCGAGAAGCUACUGCAGACUGAGCAGCUGUGGCUGUGUUGGAAGGAACGCAACUGCUUCGAUUCAGUGUUGAAACCCGUGGGCUCAGACACCCUCGCCUUCUCCGCCGCCGACGUUCCGCCGCCCGCGCUCCUCCCCUUCGCCGUCCAGACGGCUCUCUCGACUUUGAACCCGCAGAAGGGUUCGGAGCCCAAGAAGGGGAGCGCGCCCCAAACCUCCCCUCUUACGCGAGACGGGAAAGGGACGGAGAAGAAUCCUCGCGAGAAGACCGACAAGACGCAGGCGAAGGACAACAAGGGAGACGCGAAGAACGGCAAAGACAGCGAGACGCGCGCGACGACCGGACCGCGGGAAGAAGCUGCGGAAGAACCAAAGGCCGAGGAGAAAGAGGAUACAGACAUUCCAGGCAAACUCCUCAACGAAGCUCAGAAACUCGCCAAACAAGCGGAAAUGGCAAAGGGAUCUUGGUGGCCCGAGGCGCCAGGAGGGGCAAACAAACCCAGGCGGGACAGCGCAAUCAUGCGUCGCCUGGUGCAAUGGCUGCAUGCGUGGGAAGCGGCGGAGAGUGGCAGCUCAGACUCUUCUGUCCCGCUGUCCUCCGCGGAGCCGCUGUCUCCCUCCGAGGAAACUGGAGACGUCGCGCAUGCGUGGAGGCGCGGCUUGGCGGUUCCUGGUCCGCUGAACCUCCUUCGACAAGGCGAAGAUUGGUUUACGAGUGACUCGCGAGACAGUCCAGCUAACUACGACGACCUUCUUUUCAUGGACAAGCUCCGGGUGAAGCUGAAGGACUUGGUAAAGAAGAUGGACGAUGACGACAACCCCGACAACGACGUGGAGGAAGAAGAAAGAAGCAAGCACAAUCCUGUCUUUUCGCUUCGACUCCAAAGGCUCUUUGCGCUCUUCUACGGCGAUGCAUAUGUUGCCAUGUCGUACAAAGACACCAAGUGCGAAGACCUGCGCCAAGCGAUUGCGGAAUACGACACAACGGGACUCACCGCCAGGCUGGGGAUCAUCGAGCGUGCAAAGCGAACAGACACCUGCGAGUUCCUGGAGUUUGCGUGA